GAAUUCUGGCGUUGCUUCGCGCUCCUACACGCAUGGAGAAUAUUAGGAAGAGCGGAAACUGGAAACUUCAAGACCUCUCCUCCUCCUCACUUAUAAAUACUCCAGUAUCCGAUCCCGAACACAUCAUCGACAAGCCAUUCAAACGUCUCCAAGUGAAGAGAUCCUUAGCCAAAUUUAUUGUCGCCAACCGGUAGAGUUUCAUUUAGAAGAAUGUCGAUUGUCAGGCGGAGCAACAUCUUCGACCCCUUCUCCCUCGACGUCUGGGAUCCUUUCCACAGCUUCCCUUUCGACACCUUCCGCGCCCUCGAGAAGUCCCGCCCCAGCUUCGUCAGCGAGACCUCCGCCUUCGCCAACACCCGCAUCGACUGGAAGGAGACCCCGGAGGCCCACAUCUUCAAAGCCGACCUCCCCGGGGUUAAGAAAGAGGAGGUGAAGGUGGAGGUAGAGGAGGGCAGGGUCCUCCAGAUCAGCGGCGAGCGCAGCAAGGAGAAAGAGGAGAAGAACGACAAGUGGCACCGCGUCGAGAGAAGCAGCGGCAAAUUCCUCCGGCGGUUUCGGCUGCCGGAGAAUGCCAAGGUGGACCGGGUGGAGGCGUCCAUGGAGAACGGGGUGCUGACGGUGACCGUGCCGAAAGAAGAGGAGAAGAAGAAGCCCGAGGUGAAAGCCAUCGAAAUCUCUGGCUGAAUUCAUACAAGAAGCGGUGCAUUCUAGAGGCGUUCGUUGGUGAUGCUGCAGCCUCUUUCUUUCGAGGGAAUAACGAGUAUGUGUCGUUGUAUAAGUGUUUGCAUGUGUUAGCGCGCCUUCUUGUCUCUGAACGUCUGUUGAAGGGUAUCUAAUGUAGUCGUUUGCCGCUUUGCAAUGAAAUAAGAAGUCUUUG